AGCUUCAGGGCUGGGGUUCACCCCUGCAGCAGCUGAGCUGCCAGGGCUGGACUGGGGUCCACCACGAGGGUGGGCAUGGGGCUCUCAUCUUGACUGGGGAAUAGGAGGUCUGUGCUCCUCGAGCCUUCUAUGGGUUUGCCAAAAGCAGGGGGUGCUGUAACAUGCACUGGGGGGACAGGCAGGACCCAGCCAUCCUGCUCGGGGCCAGAGCAGUGCACUCUGCCCUUCCAUUCGCAGCCCUUUCCCCAGCAAAGCCCCUCUGGCAGUGGGGAUUCCCACCCUGCCAGUGCAGCCCCGGGCUGGAUCGCAGCCGAGCAUCCCUGCCCAGUGAGGGCAGCACAGCAGGCCCACAGCGAAUGGACUUCGGCAGCUUGGCACAAGGAAACCAUGUGGAAUUGCUUAAUAACCUGCUCACGGCCCUUCGAUGUCCUUGCGGGGUUAAUGAGUAAAAAGAUCCAUUGUUUUCUGCCAAGGCAGCAGCUGGGCUGUUAUUCCUCCCUGGGAGCAGCAGUGGCAUCGACCAGGCCAGAGGGCUGCCAGGCCUGGGCAUGACGUGGAGCCAAGCAGAGGCAGAGCUUGUGACUCAGCCCCAGCAGGAACAUGGCAAACUCAACACAGGGCCUCCCCACCGCUGAGCUCUGGGCCUCCCACAACAAGAUGGUGAUGGAGCCACUUGACACCAAUGACCCGGAGGUGCACAGCAUCAUCAAGAAGGAGAAGCAGCGGCAGAGGCUGGGGCUGGAGUUGAUUGCGUCGGAGAACUUUGCGAGCCGAGCGGUCCUGGAGGCCCUGGGAUCCUGCAUGAACAACAAAUACUCCGAGGGUUACCCGGGACAGAGGUACUACGGCGGGACGGAGUUCGUGGAUGAGCUGGAAAGUCUGUGCCAGAAGCGAGCCCUGGAGGCCUACCGGCUCGACCCCCAGAAGUGGGGUGUCAAUGUCCAGCCCUACUCAGGGUCACCCGCAAACUUUGCGGUGUACACGGCCCUGGUGGAGCCCCACGGCAGGAUCAUGGGGCUGGACCUGCCCGACGGAGGCCACCUCACCCACGGGUUCAUGACAGACAAGAAGAAGAUCUCUGCCACCUCUGUCUUCUUUGAGUCCAUGCCCUACAAGGUCAACCCCAAGACUGGUUACAUUGACUACGACGAGCUGGAGAAGAACGCCCGGCUCUUCCACCCCAAGCUGAUCAUAGCAGGUGUCAGCUGCUACUCCCGAAACCUGGACUACGCCCGCAUGCGGAAGAUAGCAGAUGCCAACGGCGCCUACCUGAUGGCCGACAUGGCCCACAUCAGCGGGCUGGUGGCCGCCGGCGUGGUGCCCUCACCCUUCGACCACUGUGACGUCGUCUCCACCACCACCCACAAGACCCUGCGGGGCUGCAGGGCCGGCAUGAUCUUCUACCGCAAAGGCACCCGCAGCGUGGACCCCAAGACGGGCAAGGAGACACUCUACAACCUGGAGAGCCUCAUCAACCAGGCUGUCUUCCCGGGGCUGCAGGGAGGCCCACACAACCACGCCAUUGCAGGGAUCGCCGUGGCGCUGCGCCAGGCCAUGACCCCCGAGUUCAAGGCUUACCAGCAGCAGGUGGUGGCCAACUGCAAGGCCCUCUCGUCGGCGCUGAUGGAGAUGGGCUACGACAUUGUCACAGGGGGCUCUGACAACCACCUGAUCCUCCUGGACCUGCGCAACAGAGGCACAGACGGCGGCCGGGCCGAGCGGGUGCUGGAGAUCUGCUCCAUCGCCUGCAACAAGAACACCUGCCCCGGUGAUGUCAGUGCCCUGCGCCCCAGCGGGCUGCGGUUCGGGACACCCGCUCUCACCUCCCGCGGCUUCCGGCAGGACGAUUUCCGCAAGGUGGCUCAGUACAUCCACAGAGGGAUCGAGCUGACGCUGCGGGUGCAGAAGGACAUGAGCCCCAAGGCCACACUGAAGGAAUUCAAGGAGAAACUGGAGGAGGACAAAUACCGUGUGGAGCUGAAGGCACUGAAGGAAGAGGUGGAAGCCUUUGCAGCCACCUUCCCACUCCCAGGGCUGCCUGUCCUGUAAGGGGAGACACCUGGCACGCUCACACCUCAACACCCCAGUGCCUUCUCCCAGCACCUCCCUGCUGGAACUGCAGCAGCAGCUCAUCCUUUGCUUCUUACUCCUCCCUCCCUCCUGUGUGGGGCACAGGGACCCCCUGAGCACAGCCUCUGUAGGGACACCAGCCCUUCACCACUCAGUGUCACCACUGGGACCGAGCACCAGGUCACCCUCACCUCACAGCCAGGUGCCACCCAGUUCCCACUGCCUGUGGGAGCAGCACAUGAGGCCGGUCUGUCCACAUUCCCUGGACACACUGCCCACAGCAGCCGGAGGGAUGGAGGGUCCAGCUGCACAAGAGAACUCACAGCCACUAAAAGCCCCCCUGGUUUCAGCCUCAAGGAUUCCCCUUCAUCCUAUGUGCCUUCCCACCUCUUCUGCAGGCUCUGACAAGGCCAGGCCUUGUCCCUAACAUCCCUCCUGGGAUUACCCUCCCACCCUAGCCAGAGCCUCUGGUAUUUUUCUCAGACCUCUGAGCACAAAGCUUAGGUUGAACCAUUUUUUAAUAAGCACGGUAAAAUUAAGAAUUUAACCACAAUGUAUGACAAGAAUUAUAAGCUUUAAAAAAUACGACCGAUUUUUUUUUUUUUUUUUUGUAUUUCAAAAAUAUCUGAACCCAAAUAAAUAAUUUUUUUUUUUUUAAAAGUACAUUUCUCAGACUAGUCAUUUGGUGUUAUUAACAUCUGUUAAAGUCUUGUGCAGUAACACUUGCAGCACGACACUAAGACAUGCUUCUUGGAUUUCUCCCGCUCACACUCGCUCUAACUACGGACGCAAGCAUUCGGCACGCACAGGCACACACACGGAACUCAACAUGCAGGAAUAGGAUACAGUGCUUUAAAACAAGAUGAGAAUUCAUCACAGCCUCCUGGCAGCCCUCAGAGGCAGCUCCGAGCCCAGCCCCAUCCCCGUGCCAGCGGCGGUGCUGCCGGCAGGACUGGGUACCCUGUUUCUGCCUUCCAGUUAAAUCCAUGUCGGGGAGCAGCAGGCGGUGGGUUUGUGGCCCCUCCGCUAUUGGGUGCAAUCUGGGGCUCUGACAUUGUGCUCUGGGGCAGGUGUUCUCCUGCAGCCUGGGCAGCUCCCUGAAUUCCCAUCACACCCUGUUACAGGAGCCUUCUCACAGCGCUGCUACGAGCCCGGGGCCUGCCCAGCUCCCAGGAAUCUGCAGCGGAAUCCACAGUGUGGGGUGUCACCCACCACCAGACCAGGGGACUCUGGGACCCCCCCACUCAAUGAAAACCAAAGAACUGGCCUGAGGGCACAGAGCCAUCAGCUCCCACCCCUGGAGUGCCUCUCCUACCCCUCCCAACACGGUGAAUAUUGCUAGAGUAUAGGCAGCACCUCCCUGCCAAGGCAAGGCGGCUGUGGAGCUGCCCUGAAGGGAUUGCUACCGGAUGAAAGGAGAUCUGAGCACUGUUCUCUGAGAAAUGAAACCUGUGUAGGGUUAAGAUCACCUACAGCUAUGGCUGACCCUCCUCGGGUGGGAGCUGGAAGUGGCAGGUUAGUGGAGAGCAGAGCAGGGGCUGGCAGUCGGGAGGAGCAGGGAACAGGAGCCCUUCCUCCUGCCCCGGGGGGACUUUGCUCUGAUGAAUUCUCGGUCAGGUUUAACACCUCCUCUCCCUGGCAUCGAGGAGGGAGCCGUGCGGGAGGAGGGGACAUGCUGGGCUGGCAGCACUCACGGAAGCAGGCGAGGGCCACGCCAGGGCACCGCUGGCUCUGGCAGCUGAAAGGCUGGUGAGGAUGGCAGUGCCAGGAACCUGCCCUGCUCCUCGUGGAAGGAUGGCUCAGGCAAGCCGACGACACAUGUGCCAGGACUCAUGGCGGGGGCUGUCAGUGCAAAGGUGGUGACUUGUUGUAAGUCUGUGAAUAUCAGAAACGGGUGAGGUACCACAGCAAGAUGGGGAAAAGUCCUAAAGUGCCAAUACAGGGAUCUGUACUGUACAGGAGCAGAAGGUCAGGCAGAGGAAUCACUGAGGAAAGAGGAAUUCAGCCCCCAAGCAUCAGCUGCACUCAGAAUCCCCCCCAUUUCUGCCACCACAAGCAGUGAGGGCAGGCUGGGCUCUGGCUGCACCGAGGUGCCACAGCCAGGUGUAACUCCCACUUUUCCAGUCCAAGCUCAGAGGUUACACCGCCAAGAGGAGGACAAGCACUCCAGGGCAUGUUUCUCCACAGCUCCCAGUUGCAGAUAACCACUGAGCUCCCAUUUGGAAUGGGAUGAUGUCCCAGCCAAGCCCCCGGGGCAUCCUCCCAAAUCAGAGCUGCUUUGUGGUGCAGAGGUGAAGCAGGUCAGACAGGUGGUAGUGCAAGUAUUGCUCAACACAGCCUUGAAAAUCAGAUACUACAAGUUUGACAGAGGGAGCAAUGAGAAGUGAGUUAUUUAUCAAUUUGUGAGCACAGCUGAACACCAGAGGUCGAGACCACUGUGACUAAGAGAUGAGCCACCACUAAUCAUCCUCCCGCUCUGCGCUGUCAGCCUGGAGGAAGAUGGUGAGUGAGUCAACAGGAAAAAAGUUCCUCCCUCCCUCCCUCCUCAAACCCAAACAGCACCGGGUUGUUUUUCAUCAGGAAACAAGCUCCUGUUCUGACCAUAGCUCCAGAGCAGGACGCUGGGAGCUUUCGUCUGCCUGGUGGCACCUGCAUUACUCAUUUGCUGAGAUGCCUCUUCCCCCAGGGAGUUUGGGUGCACAUGGAUCAACACCUUGAGUCACUUCAGGAAGCAGACAAUUUGAUGGACAGAGGCCUUUCACCAGCAGACCCAGUUCACGUGCGACAGGAGGGCAAAGGUAGGACAGAAAAAGGCUUUAAACGUGCUUUAAAGGUGAGCAGACCCAAGAGAGACACACAGCUCACCUUAAGCGAAGGCCACACCACACUGCUUCCAAUUCUGACCUUAAAAUACCAUCGCAAACAACCUCUGGCCUGGGAAAUCCCUUUGGAGAGUACCACAAGCUCAACUGGCUCAGCUGAGCCACCAGAAACAGCAAUAACCUUAAAACCAGCCUUUUUGCACUGUUGGCCUAUACCCCAGAGAGCCCUUUCCAGGGGAGAGGAAGAGGUGGCAGCAGUACUGUAGAGCUGGUUCCAGACAACAGCCUCCCCAGGGAGCCUCCCUGCCUUUGGGACACGGGUUUGGGAGCAGUGCAGGUCUCACAGCAAGUUUCAGCGAGGUCUAAGCCACGCUGGGGAACCCCAGGCUGUACACAGAAACUUCCCAGGCUCAGAAGGAAGAUCACAUUCAUUUCCAGCACUGCCUCACAUCGUCACCAAACAGAGGUUUAAAAAAAAGCAACAAACCAAACAACGCAUCGGCUCUUGUACAAUCUCAGCUGUUCUCGCCCCAAAAUCAGUGUUAAAAAGAAAUAAAACCAAGAUUAUCUUUCCUAGCAAGGCUUUUCUGGCUCAGAAGGACCACGGGGGCUGCUACUGCCACAUGGCACCGGGCAGAGCAGCCUGGGCUCAGCAUCUCUGAUGAGACUCUGAAGGGAAGUGCUGCGCCCAGGCACAAAGCUUUCGGCACUGACAGGAACAAUCUGCGAGUGUCACCACGCUGGUGGCACAUCCUUUAUGGCACAGAAGCUUUAAAAGGAGAAGUUCUCAGUAUCCAGGCUCAGAGAGCAGUAGUUCUGCCCUGUUCAGAGCCAUCCAGGAGCCCCAGGAGAGGUAGUUGUGACACGGCAACGGCUCAGCCAGGAGCGGCACACAGCAACGCCAGCCUUGUUUUACCACAAAGCACAAACGUCAACUACCCAACAAACAAAAAAAAAUAAACUAUUACAGAUACAACGUGGAAUCCAGUACAUUCAUCCCUGAUCUCUCCUGAGCACUAGUACCUCACGAGCCAGGCAGCCUGUGCUAACAGCCUGCUGUUUCACAGCGUAGCUCCAGCUGAAUCGCAUCACAAAAAGCACCUAAAAAUGAGGGCACUCACCCUCAUUCAGUUCCCUUCUCUCCUUUAAAAGCCACCCCUGACAUCACAUGCUUUGAGGAAUCCCAGUCUCCCUCCAGCCUUCUCAGAGGUCUCCAGCAAAUAGGACGUGACAAAUGAACAAGGCACAGUGCUCUACAUUCACGGCAGCCGGCGCCUCGGGGCCCAGCGUUAGGGAGUGCUUCCACCUUCCUAACAGAGCUGGGGGAAACUGGCAAACACUUCCUGGAAAGAUGCACAUGUGCCUUCACCGUGCUCCCACCCACCCAGGAACAACCUGUCCUGGGAAGUGCCAGGAAACUCAGAAAAUGCAGGAAGAGACACCGUCCGCACGGCUGCGCACAGACCUGCAAGCUGCCACUCUGACAGGGAGCUCCGAGCUACACUCACAUGACACACCACUGGAUUAAAAACUUCACAUGGCCUUGACAUCUCCCUUCUGGUCUCUGCCCUGGCUCCACGGAAGGGACUGGCAGGGCUCAGGGCUCUGGCAGCAGCGUGCGGAGCACUGUGUUAUUUCGGAGGCUGCACACUAGUAAGUGUUGAUCCCCGAGACAGCCCACCUCUCUCGACGCCACAAUCCCUCCGGGAUGCUGCCAGGAUCCUCUUUAAAAGUUAACAGUGCCCCUUCUAACGUUUACAGAGUGCCCGAUGGUUUAUGUGAUGGAACACGUACGCUCUUGGCCACAGGGAACACCCAGGAAUCGGCUCCCGCAGACACGGAUUUCUGCGGAGCAGAGACACAAACCCCUCGGCCCCUUCCCGGCGCGUGAGAGCUACUGCAGACAGCGGUAAUGUCAAGCACGGAUGAGCUCUGUCAGACUCCGAGCACGCAGGCACACGGCCUGGGCAAGGCUA